UGAAGGAUUCAAAAUGUUGCUGAAAUAUUAAAAAGUGCAACAAUAAUUGUCAUCAUACACACAGCAACACCAAUACCAACACCACCACCGCCAAUGAUUUUGUUUUGAAGAAAAUGAUGAUCAGGAUGACGCCAUCGUUGUUGCCAUCUCGUGUGCUAUCGGAAUCUCCAUAGCCUAAUCCUUCACUCACUUCUGCCGACUUACUUGUGAGAAGCGAGACGCGUGUGAGACGAUUCAGAAAUGCUCCCGUUUGUUUGAGCUGCUUAGUUUCUCUGCAUCAGUGCAUCGUCAAGCCCUAGUUUCGUUUGAGACGGAAAAUGCAGUCCACAGGUUUGAUUAUCUUCUGAUUUAUGUAUUUCUCUGUUUUUUUCUAGCUGAAUGUUACCGGAAAUCUUCGAAUUGAGGAAUUUAGCGGUGGAAUAUUGUUUUUGUAGUUUAAGUAUAAUGUCUUUAAGUUCGAUUGAUGUUAUUAUCUGCAUAAGUUUGAUAAGAUUCCUUGAUUCUUCUGUUGUUUAUUUGCUUUGGAUCGCCUUUUGAGGUGUUCAGAAGUGCAGCUCGGUGAUUCUCCGCGGUUUUGUUGAGAGUUCUAUAACUACUUCUUGUACAUCUACCUUCGUUUAAAUUAGACGCCUUGUGUUAUUACAGAUGGCGUGAUGUUCAUAGGUUGGUCUUAAAAAGCACAGAUUGUCACAUCCUGUUAAGAUCUGUAUUUUUGUUAAAUUCGUGUUCUGAAGUUCAUUAAAUCAAGGAAGCAAAAGAGAUCUUUCAAAUGAAGGGGCACUGCAUCAGGUCCUUGAAGAUGUUGUUAAGCUGUAACAUCGAGAGCUUACAUGAUGAUUGUUUCGAGGGUUCAACGGAUGAAAACUACAUUUUUAGAGAUGUGUUCUUUGGUCAUGGAGAUGGUAGAGGAACUAAAAGCUGUCUUGUAACUGGAGCAAUCACUUUUGAAAAUGACGAAAGGAGCCCUAAAAACAUCUCAUUUCGUUCAGACAGUGACAAUUCAGUCAUGACAAGUCAGCUGGAUUCUAUACAGUGUAGCACCUCUGAAGAGUUUGCUUCAUUAACAAGAAAUGGCCCUGAUAUUGAAGUUAAAAGAAGAAAAGUGUCAUCUGAAGGACAUUCUGUUACUAAACCUGUUAAACCUUCUAAGCCAAGAUGGAAAGAUUCUUCAUUUAUUGAACUUGAUAAAGAUGAACUACUAUUUGUCACCCCUAAAGAUUCCACCAUGGAUCCUAAACCUCUUUUGCGCUAUUACACCUAUUCCUUACUUAAAUCAGCAGGUUGGUUAAUUGGGAGGAGAAACAGAAUCACACACUGUAAAGGGCGUGGAGAAUACGUCUUCAAAUCUCCAGAAGGAAGGCCAAUUCGGGAAUUUUACAGAGCUUGGAACAUGUGUGGACACGAGUUAGUUCAAGAUUCAAAAUAUGAUUGUGUACGUGAUGACAUAAAGUGGACAAAUUUCCCUCAAUUUCAAUCUGAUCUUUCCAAUGCAUUGACCAAAGUCAAAGAGUUGAUAAAUUCAAAAACAGUGACUGAUUUAGCUCAUUGUUGGUACUUACUUGAUCCCUUUGCAAAAAUGGUGUUUAUUGACAAGAGUUUGACUUGUCUAAAAGAAGGGAAAGAAGUCAAAGGAAAGAGAAGUUUGGUCAAUGUUUCGUAUUUGAAAAAACAGAAAGCAAAAAUGAAGAAAAAAGGGAAUUGUCAUAUAAAGGAUGACGACCUUUUACUCUCGGCUAUAUUCAGUAAUCGUUCCACUCCUACAAAAAAGAACUCCCGUGUUCCAAAAGUUGUGAGAAAGUACAAUACUACCCUUGGUGUAAGAACAGUAUUGUCUUGGUUGAUAAAUCUUGGAGUUAUUCAUAUCAAUGAAGUGAUCCAGUACAGGAACCCACAGGAUGAUACAGUGAUGAAGCAUGGUUUAGUAACACAAAAUGGUAUUUUGUGUAGGUGCUGUAAAAAAGUAUUUUGUGUUUCUGAAUUCAAGAAUCAUGUUGGUUUUAGCAUGGAUAACAACACCACAUGUUUGAAUCUUUUUAUGGAAUCUGGAAAGUCUUUCACUUUAUGCCAGCUGGAAGCUUGGUCAACCGAAUACAAACUUAGGAAAAACGCCACACGGGAUGUACAGGUGGCGGUUGACCAAAGUGAUGAUACUUGUGGACUUUGUGGUGAUGGAGGUGAGUUGAUAUGUUGUGAUAACUGCCCUUCAACUUUUCAUCAAACGUGCUUGUCUACACAGGAGCUACCUGAAGGCAAUUGGUAUUGUUCAACUUGCUGUUGUUGGAGUUGUGGGAAUGUAAUCAAUCAUAUUGAGUCUUCAGUCUUUAAAGCUCUGAAAUGUUUGCAGUGUGAACGUAAAUAUCAUUGGGAAUGCGUCCAAGGGAAUGAAAUCGAGGGAGAUUUGGUGGGUCCCACCUGGUUCUGUGGAGAAACCUGUAAAAUGAUACACUCAAGUCUUCAUUCCCUGAUUGGAUGUCGGAAUCCAAUUUCCGAUGGUUUCUCAUGGACCCUUUUAAGGUGCAUUCAUGGCGACCAAAAGGUUCAUUCCACUCCGACUUUUGUUGCUUUGAAAGCGGAAUGCAAUCUAAAACUAGCAGUUGCUCUUACAAUCAUGGAGGAAUGCUUUCUUCCUAUGGUGGACACAAGAACCGGAAUCUACAUGAUUCCCCAUGUAUUAUACAACUGGGGAUCGGAAUUUGUUCGUCUCAACUAUGAGGGAUUUUAUACAGUGGUCCUUGAGAAAGAUGACGUUUUACUCUGUGUCGCAUCCAUAAGGAUCCAUGGGACAACGGUUGCAGAGCUGCCCCUGAUUGCAACAUGCAAUAAAUAUAGGCGGCAAGGAAUGUGCAGGCGCCUCAUGAAUGCUAUUGAAGAGAUGCUGAAGUGGUUUAAAGUUGAGAAGCUAGUGGUGUCUGCAAUCCCUAGUUUAGUUGACACGUGGACAAAGGGAUUUGGUUUUUUAGGUUUGGAAGGUGAUGAGAAAAAAAGGCUGGAAAAAAGUAAUCUCAUGGUGUUCCCGGGAACUGUAUGGCUGGAGAAGCCCAUGUACCAGAAACCAGAAGGAAUUAAUUUCCAUUAGAACAUGAUUUUUGGUGUUAAUUAGAAUGAUUGAAAAUUUUGUA